AUGGCGUGGCUCCCAUUGGAAUCAAAUCCAGAUGUCAUGAACAAGUAUUUGUAUAAUUUGGGAGUACCGGACAAAUAUCAAAUGGUCGACGUUUACGGAUUGGAUAACGAAUUACUGGGGGCUAUUCCUCGUCCGGUUCUCGCUGUGAUGUUACUUUUUCCAAGCAGGAAGACUCAAGAUCAGCCUGAGAUAGAUGAAGCCGGCGACAAAGAGGUAUCAGAAUCUCUUUUCUAUAUCAAACAAAUUGUUAAUAAUGCCUGUGGAACAAUUGCACUACUCCACAGUGUUGCAAAUAAUUUAGAUAAAAUUCAAUUAGAGGAAGGGCAUCUUAAAACAUUUAUUGAGAAAGCCAAACCUUUGAAUCCCAUGGAAAGAGGUGAAUUAUUAGGAAAGGCAGAGGGAAUCAUAAAUAUUCACAAAGAAGUUGCAAUGGAAGGUCAAACAGAAGCACCUGAACCCACUGAACCAGUUCACUAUCAUUUUGUGGCAUUUGUACAACAAGGGGGAUUUAUCUAUGAGCUUGAUGGAAGAAAACCAUCUCCAAUAAAUCAUGGCUGCACUUCAGACGAUACGUUUCUUGAGGACGCUGCUCGUGUUUGCAAACAAUACAUGGAUCGAGAUCCUGAUGAACUUCAUUUCACCGUCGUGGCUCUAACGGCUACUUAA